AUCAUCCAACACAACGCCUUGGCCGUCGUUCAUUGCCUUCCCACCCCACGCAAGAGCUCCUCCAUACAACCGGCUCUACCCAUUGGUGUGCCAUAUGUGAGUGUUGUGCAUUCAGUGAGAAUGAGGACACUGCUCCAGCAUGCUCCGCGAACGUUGCUUGCUGGUGGAUUGGUGAAUGCGACACAACACGCAAGAUUCGCGACGUUUAGGAGCUUUGCCAAAGUCUCCAAGACGGAAGCAUGUCUGAGGUGUCAAUUGCGGACAGCACCCGCAUGGACACCGGGGCUCCAAUUGAGUGGAAAAACAUCAUCGAAUCGACUCCUUCGCCAAUUCUCUUCCUCUCGACGUUUGCUUGAAGACAAGAAGGAUCCCAAUGCAUCGGAACCUAUACCGGAGACAAUCAUUACACCACCACCUCCGUCGUCACAACCACUACAGCACCAGCCGCAUCAAACGAUCCAGGAACCUAUAAUUGCAGACAGUGAUCAACCCCCUCCAGCCGCUGGCGCUGCGAAGCCAUCGGGCCCGACGCCAAAUCCACCAAAGCCGGAAGAGCCGAUAUCGAGAGUACCAGACGAAGACCUCCCCUCCCAUCGCGAGAAGCAGAGAUGGGACCUCUCGAAACGAGUCACCGAGAUCAUGGAUGACGUUCUACCCAAGCUUGCCGUCGUGACGCAGAAGGUCAACACAUAUACAGGCACCGAUUACUCGAGCAUCAGCGCUCUCAGGAAAGAGAUCCAGGACCAGGAAAAGCUCGUGCGAAGUCGACGACAAGCGAUUGACGAAGCGAAACAGGCCCUUGAUGCUGCCCACGCCCAGCAGGCCGCCGCACAGAAAGAGGUUGUGGCAUUGUUGGAACGUAAACACUCCUGGUCAGCAACGGACCUCGAAAGAUACAUGUCCUUGAUUCGAUCUGAGCAUGUGAACGACCAGGCCGUGAGGGAAGGGAAAGAUGCCGUAAUAAAUGCCGAGAAUGCUCUGGAAGAGGCAAGGACCCAGUUGGAGAAGCGGGAGCGUGCACAGUACCAUGAGGAGCAGAUCUGGAGUGAUACGAUUCGGAGAAACAGUACGUGGGUGACAUUCGGACUUAUGGGAUUCAACAUUCUCCUUCUUCUCACAUCUCUGGUGUUCCUCGAACCCUGGAGGCGGAGGCGGAUGGUCCGCGAGAUCAAGGCUGCAUUGGAGGAACAAAAGAUUGCUAUGGAGGCUGCAGCCGUACCACUACCCGUCGCACCGAUCGAGAUCGCAAUAGACGAAGUAAUUGAACCCGCUGGCCAGAGGCUCGAAGAUAUCGUCAAAGCCGCGCCUGCAGUCUCGUCAAUUCCUUCCAUACCCAUCCCUGCAGUCGAAUUGCACUCCUCCAACCCGGAAGUCGAUCCCCCCAUCGAAGCGCCCAAGAGCGAACAACCCGUCGUCGCAAACCCCGUCCCUGAGCCAUUCAGCCAACCUCCAACAACAGAAGAACCCCUCCCCGCAACCUCCAUCGAGGCACCCGAAAAGGUCGCUCAGAUCGACAUCGCUUCCGAGCUCAACGAAGCCUCAACAUGGCACGAGAAGCUCACCACCCGCGCCCAAAACCUCAUGAGCGACCGCCCGAUCUCCAUGCGCCAGCGUGACUUCACCAAUGCCGUGCUGGAGGCUGCUGCUGUUGGUGCCGUGGUCACGGGAGUCUUUCUCCAGGUCGUGUUUAGAUCGCGCUAGCAUCUAGCACAUAUCAUUGCAUAUUUCAGCGAUGUUUUUCAUAUCUUUUUCUUUCGGAUUGUGUAUGACUAGAUUUGUAGAAAUAUGAAUUGAUAGAGAAAUAUAUCCUUGGUACUCAUGUUG